UAAUAUCCUUUCUCUUCAGUGUAAACGGAAGCGACCUGUGACCAAGAACAGUUUCCACGUUAGCGUUUUUAUUUAGACGUUUAUUAACCCCCUGGAACUCAUAUGACUAAUGUAACUGCACAGCAUCACAUACUUACCCCAGAUAGUGUUUAAUUCGCUUUCGACUUGGUUGAUAGAUGUUAUUUAAGUAAAGCUAGCUAGUAACUGCUAAUAAUGGCUAACUGUAUGGUUUUUCACACUCAAAUUGCCUCCAUCAUGGAGGUGCUAGCGAAUUCAGCCGUUGCAGAGAUCUGUAAACUCGUAGACGACGACUAUGCAGUGUUUCGUUUGGAAAUAACUCAAAGCCAGAAAGAAAACAGGGGAUUGAGGAGGAAACUACAGCUCGUGGAACUCAAGGUGGCACGGGAGCGCGCAGAGAGGACAAUGCGAGAGCGCGUCCUCGCCAGUCGUCCCAGUAGUGUCAAGAUCCUCGACCGAUACAGAGGAAUGGCAAGAGGUGAAGGACAUCUCACUGGAGGCCACAGGAGCUUUGUGAAGCCAUCUUGGAGAGAGAACCAACCCUUAGCUAUAGAUGAGGGGAGUGGAACCUUAAUCCAGCAGGUUAUCGUGAUAGAGUCAGCAGAUGCAGAGGCUCCAGGUCCUAGGGUCAAGCAUGAGAGGACAGAAGGAGAGGAGGACCCACGGCACAGUAGAGACAUCCAGACUGAAGCAACGGCUGGAGUGGCGCCCCCUGUAGCCAAGGAGGACAUCGCAACUGCCGCCACGCCCCAGGCCAAGACUCAACCCAGCAUCACGGAGGAGGAGGGUCCAGAGGUGCUGCUGGUGAAGGAGGAGGGUCUGGGAAACCCUGAGGGGACCAUGGUCAUGGAGGACAACCAGACUACACCUUCUCCUGAACCCACAGAGGAACCAGCUGAGCAGCACAGGACCACAUACAGUCUCACUGAGUCAGUAGACAUGGAGGAUGGGAAGCCUGAUCUGCUGAUAGUCAAAGAGGAGACAAUUGAGGAUGAACCAGACAGCAUUGAUCUGCUGAGUGGACUAAAGAUGGGGGAGCAAGGUGGUUGGCUGGAGGCUAAUAGAGGAGACUGGGUGGCCAUUUUGGAUUCCCAGACCAGUGCAGCCAAGGGCAACAUCACUGAGCAGGCCAGGACCAGAGGUGACAUAGUGGAGUCUGCAGUCCAUGAGGACCUGCUGAUAUCCGGUGUUGCUAGAGGGAGAGACUGGACCUCUGAAGCGGCUGGUCACAAACCCUGGCCCCGGAUCAGAACCCUGGAUCAGGAGCCGUCGCUCUUCCUUCCCGAGUCGGAACCAGGACCCAACCACGAGGGACAGAGACUCCACCACCACACAGAACACAACCAGUGGACAGGUGGACUGAACAACCUCAGUCCUGGUGGUCAUCAGAGAGACAGAGGCUCCAGUCAGGGAUCCAGUCUGCAGCCCAGACCCUUCUCUUCACAUUCUCAGUGCAGGGAUGAAGCAGGGCCUGGGGCUGAUAGACCCUCCUGUUCCUAUGAUACAAACACCACAGUAUCCAUGAUAAACAGAGCAGGUCACCCUGGGCUUCAGCCUUCACAGAGAGUGGUGGGAGACCCAUCUGGUGGGAGUCUAACAGGAAGUCUGUCUUCUCCUUCAGGGUCUCGUCUAAUGCCUGGUGACUGGGUUCAUAGAAAGCCUGGGCCUGGGUCUAGCCUUCCUCAUCUACCUCAUGGUUUCCCCACCAAUACAGACAGGGUCAGGAUUGGCAUUCACCACGAUAGUUACCUAGCCUAUAACACAGCACACAAUCCCAACAACACCCAAACAAUGGCUAGAGGUCAAGGAGGGAGCUCAAAUACUAACCACUUGAGGGUGGUUGCUCCUGCUUCUACCUCCUCUGGUGUCAUUGAGUCACAACGCGUGAGACCGAGCAUUAGGUCGGACGCCGACAAGCCAUACGCCUGCCCCACAUGUGGGAAGCGCUUCGCUGAGGCAAACUAUGUGAAGAGGCACCAGACAGUUCACACAAAUGAGAGGCCCUUCAAGUGCAAACUAUGUUACAAGAGCUUCUCCUUCCUGACUAACCUGAUCAGACAUAGGAGUGUCCACAAAGGGGAGAAAUCGUAGCAGUGUGGCUUGAGAUGUAAACAGAGGAUAUCUGGGAACUAUUCUUAAGCUGGCAUACUGAAUUAUAAUUAUCAUGUGAAGUGUCUCAGUUGAGCAUCUGAGUAUGCUCACCAUCUCUGAUGAUAGACUUGUUGUUUGGUGUGCAGGCAUAGCCAAAACAGUCAUUUUAUUGAAGUGUAACUAUAUCGCCCCUCUGAAUUUGGUUUUGUCUAUAUUCGAUGCCCUCUUUUUUAUAAUAUAUUUAUAACACCUCCUAAUGUUAUUGGGUAUAAUCAGGUGGUACCUGUUCCUUUAUGUACUGAAACAAUGUGAUCAAAUCUGUUAAUACAUUUUGAACCAUGUUGUCCUUUUGAUAUACUACAUGACCAAAAGUAUGCUUGUCAAACAUCUCAUUCCAAAAUCAUGGGCAUUAAUAUAGAGUUGAUCCCCCCCCUUUGCUGUUAUAACAGCCUCCACUCUUCUGGGAAGGCUUUCCACUAGAUGUUGGAACAUUGCUGCAGGGUCUUGCUUCCAUUCAACCGCAAGACCAUUAGUGAGGUUGAGCACUGAUGUUGGGCGAUUAGGGCUGACUCGCAGUUUGCGUUCCAAUUCAUCCCAAAGGUGUUCGAUAUGGUUGAGGCGAGGGCUCUGUGCGGGUCAGUCAAGUUCUUCGACAAACCAUUUCUGUGUGGACCUCGCUUGGUCCACGGGGGCAUUGUCAUGCUGAAACAGGAAAGGGCCUUCCAGAGGCAGUUUGGAACUCGGUAGUGAGUGUUGCAACUCAGGACAGAUGAUUUUUACGCGCUUCAGCACUCAGCGGUCCCGUUCUGUGAGCUUGUGUGGCCUACCACUUCGCGGCUGAGCCAUGUUGCGCCUAGACGUCUCCAUUUCACAAUAACUGCACUUAGAGUUGACCGGGGCUACUAGCAGGGCAGAUAUUUGAUGAACUGACUUGUUGGAAAGGUGGCAUCCUAUGACGGUGCCUCGUUGAAAGUCACUGAGUUCUUCAGUAAGGCCAUUCUACUGCCAAUGUUUGUGUAUGGAGAUCGCAUGGCUGUAUGCUCGAUUUUAUACACCUGUCAGCAACGGGUGUGGCUGAAAUAGAUGAUAAUUUGAAGGAGUGUCCACACACAGAUAGAUAUGUAUAUCUAUAUAGAUAUAUGUUGACUUUUUACUUACUUGGUUGUUAUAUAGUAUUAUAAACUGGGUGGUUCGAGCCCUGAAUGCUGAUUAGCUGACAGUCGUGGGAUCACACCACAUACCACAGUUAUGUCAAAACAUUUUUUACUGCUCUAAUUACGUUGGUAACCAGUUUAUAAUAGCAAUAAGACACCUUGGAAGUUUGUGGUAUAUGGCCAAUAUACCACAGCACUCCUCAUUGUAUCGUGCUUAAGAACAGCCCUUAUGUUGCGUUCGUAACCAAGUGGGAAUUUACCACAUACGACUGGAGAAAAUCAAUUUGAGCUGGUAACUACUGGUAAUUACUAGUCUAUCAGCAUGACUUCCCACUUCCCCCACAUGCUGACCUCUGACAUCUACUAAGGAAAUUACCUCGGUAAUAGCAUUCUGGGCUGGUAAAUGCAACAGGUAAAUGGUAAAUGCAAAACAUUAUUUAUAAAAAGCAAUCUAUUAAUAUGGGUUUUCAACACUAUAAUUUGUUUACAAGCCAUACUUUAUGUACUUUAUAGUUUACACAGCUUGUUGGCCAUUAGCUAAUCUGCCUUUCUCAACGAGUUCAAAGCACGUGAAUGCAUCCAACUGGUAUUUACGACUUCACAACUGGUAAAUUCCCACCUUCCACUUAGUUAUGAACACAGAAUUAGUCAUGGUAUAUUGACCAUAUACCACACCCCUCGGGCACUAUUGCUUAAUUAAAAUUGGCCUUAGUUUCCUUUGCUUCCUUCGACCUAAGCCAACCGUCUCAGCAAUUAUUUGAGGUAAUUUACUGUAAUUUUUCCACCACUGGAAAUGGCCACCAGUACAGAGUAGGGUCUUUAGAAUCUACACUGAGUGUACAAAACAUUAAGAACACCUUCCUAAUGUUGAGUUGCACCCUCCCCCUUUUGCCUUCAGAACAGUUUCAAUGGAAUCUACAAGGUGUCAAAAGUGUUCCACAGGGAUGCUGGCCUAUGUUGACUCCAAGGCUUCUAACAGUUGUGUUAAGUUGGCUGAAUGUCCUUUGGGUGGUGCGCUAUUCUUGAUAUACAUGGGAAACUGGCACCUACUACCAUACCCUGUUCAAAAGUACUUCAAUAUUUUGUCUUGCCCAUUCACCCUCUGAAUGGCACACAUACACAAUCCAUGUCUACAUUUUCUCAAAGCUUAAAAAUAUAUAUUUUUACCCGUCUCCUCUCCUUCAUCUACACUGAUUGAAAUGGAUUUAAGAAGUGACAUCAGCAAGGGAUCAUAGCUUUCACCUGGUCAUUCUAUGUCAUAUACACCCAGUCAUGUCAUGUACACUGAGUGUAUAUAUGGUGCUAUUUAAUGGAGGUCUCUGGUCUAAAUAGUCAGCAACACAUUCUACUCUUGCAUUGGGGGCUAUGGAGUGGAUGGAGUAGAAAGUGUUGCUGAGUAUUUAGACCAGAGUCCACCAUUAAAUAACACCGUAUAUAUAUUCUACAGACCCUACUGAGUAAUCCCAACCCUCUUUUACAUCGGCACCUCGAAUAGUUCUCUCUAUAAGCCCAUAUGUAUUUUACAAUAUAUUGUAUCAGGGGGGAUUUAUUUGACGGUAUUUUGAAACCAACAUUUAAUGCAAAUGUCACUUAAAUAUGAAAAAUAUGGAUCAUUAAUGUUUAGACAAUCAUGUUUCAUAUAUCAUGAAUAAAUAAAAGGUAAUUACACUUCUACUAUUACGUGGGGGACUUUUAUUUUAUAAUUUUCAGAAUUUCCGUGACCCGGAAGUACUUUUUCCCAUUUUUUCAAGACUGCUGAGCGUCACCAACUACAGCUUUGCAUAGUGCAUAAAAUGGUUUACUACAUAGGGGAUAAUCUUAACUAAAGAUAAUUACUACUUUAAUUAAGAUUCUAAAAAUCCUAUAAAGUCGAGCACAUUGAAAAAUGGUUGGAGCUUAAGUGAAUUCAUGUAAAGAACAUAAUAGCCUACUGGUAAAAAAUUUACAAUGACAAUAUAGAAAAAUAAAUAUUUUUGGGGUGGUAUGAUUGUUAAUUUACUGGUGCUAUUGUUUAAGGGUGCCAUUUUGAAAUGUAGAGUUUAAGAAAAGUAUUCAUGUAUUUCUGUUGUAUUUCACAAACAAAUUGCACUGUACAGGAAAAGCAAUGCCCAUAAAAGCAGGGUCCAGUCUAUUCACUAGAUCCCUUAACCGCCGUGAUAACGGUUAAUUGGGGUUAUAAUUGGGGUUAUACUAACCUAUAGCAGCAACGGCGUACUUGGGUACUACCUCAAAAAAAAAAAAAAAUUGUUGUCAGCCAAAACACUUGACCUGAUGCAUGUUUUGACGCGAGGCUGGCCUUGGGCUGAUUUAAAUGUAAAGUCUGCAGCCUGCUCAUCAUCAUUUGAGGAAUGUAGGUCAUUUACAGGUAUGCCAGUCAGUUAAUUAACACCCCUUCUACUGGUCACAUUGUUUCUAUUGUUUAUUUGAAGGAGUUAGCAGCUUACCAAAUCACCUGCUUAUGCUAGUAGGAAUUCUGCGCCUAAAUUAUAGUGCAAGCCAAGAGUACAAGUCUGGUAUGGAAUGGUGUUUUAUUUCACACUGGUGUCAAACAAAGACUAAGCUAAAUUUGUUCAUUCAUUGGGGGGGCUUGCCUGUUUUACAUGUUAUUUUGGAAUUAAUACCGGUCACAUAUCAGUUUGCAAACAAUGUAAAAAAAACAUAUAGAAUUGAGUCAAUAAAGCCGCAUACAAACAUG